AUUUUAUUAUAAUAAACAUUCCCUUUAUAUAACAGGAACAUGUUCUGCCAUUGUCACACAAUACCAAUUAUACCAAUUCUUACUUAUUACCUGUUCUUGCAUUACCAAUUCUUAGCCAUGGCUUUCUCUGUCAUCAGAUCAAACCGAACCCUGGUUAGGCCAUUUGAACACACACCAUCUCACACACUCAAUCUUUCAUUCAUUGAUAAAUUACCUGUCCUAAGAUGCAACGCUCGGACGCUACAUGUGUUCAGACAUCACCCUGAAGCAGCAGAUAUCAUAAGACAAGCAUUGUCCAAGGCUUUAGUUCCUUAUUACCCUCUCGCCGGACGGCUCAAGGAAUCGGAACAAUGUCAUCAGCUUCAGAUUGAAUGUUCAGGGGAAGGUGUGUGGUUUGUUGAAGCAUCUGCUAAUUGUACUCUUGAUGCUGUCAGUUACUUCGACGAUACGGCAUCUAUACCUUAUGAAGAUCUUCUUCCUCCUGAUAAGGCCGCGGAAAGGGGAGGCGUAGAACCACUUGUGCAAAUGCAGGUUACCAAAUUUGAAUGUGGUGGGUACGUGAUGGGCCUAAUAUUCUGCCACAGCAUAUGUGAUGGCUUAGGAGCUGCACAAUUCCUAACUGCAGUAGGAGAGCUAGCCAGAGGUCUUGACCAUCUAACCAUUACUCCUGUCUGGUGCAGAGACUUUUUUCCAACUCCCCCACAAGAACCAAACUUUUCUGCAAUGCCAAAGCUGCCACCACCAUUGCCUAACUAUCGCCUACAACAUGCCAACAUAGACAUUUCACUGGAUCAGAUCAAACAUCUCAAGCAACAAUUUCAUAAUCUGACAGGAAAAAUCUGCUCUUCUUUUGAGAUUGUAGCUGCCAGUUUUUGGAGGCUUCGGACACAAGCGAUGAAUUUCGACCAGAACACAGAAGUAAAGCUCGUUUUCUUCGCGAAUUGUCGACAUCUAUUAGACCCUCCUCUGCCUAAAGGCUUCUAUGGAAACUGCUUCUUCCCUGUGACAAUCACAUGGUCAAGUGAUUAUCUGAUGCAAUCAUCAGUUCAUGAUGUUGUGGGGCUAAUACAAGAAUCUAAGGCAAAAUUGGCAGCUGAGUUUUUUAAGUUCAGGAGAGGUGAGUAUGGUGAGGACCCAUUUGCACCACCACUGGACUACACCACAUUGUUUGUAUCAGAAUGGGGUAGACUUGGGUUCAACCAAGUCGAUUACGGUUCGGGUGCUCCGGUGCAUUUUGUUCCAAUUCAAGGGUCCAGUGUGAUACCUGUUGGGAUUGUGGGAUCACUGCCAUUGCCAAAGAAAGGUAUUCGUUUGAUGACUUGGUGUGCUGAGAAGAAACACCUUGCUCCAUUCACUGAUCUGAUGAUGAAACUGACUUGAAAACUGAAACUUUGAUUCCUUCAUCUUCAAAAAGAAGAAUUGUGUGUUGUUUGUAUUCAAUUUACAUAAAUUGUAUUUGGAUUGUUAAUAAGAAUGGAAUGUCCAAUAUGUGAUUUGUUC